GUCGCUUUGAGUCCAUCAUCGGGUUCGCUGCAGGUCCAGGUCCGGAUUGGGUUGAGUCUUUUAAACCCGGCGUUAAAGAACCGAGCCUCCCUCCUCCCUGCGGACCGGACAGACUCUCUGGAGGCCGAGAAGAGUCGCUGCAGCUGCGGGGAAAAUGUCUGCGGGCUCCGGGAACACGAACACGGAACCAUGGGGCAGCUUCGAAGAUAACCUCAUCCAGGGCGCCGGCUCGGCCGUCAUCGACAUGGAGAACAUGGACGACACGUCGGGCUCCAGCUUCGAGGACAUGGGGGAGAUGCACCAGAGGAUGAAGGAGGAGGAGGAGGUGGCAGCUGAGGCCGAAGCCGCCACCGACGAGGACGGAGAGUUCCUGGGUAUGAAGGGAAUAAAGGGUCAGCUGGGCCGGCAGGUGGCCGACGAGGUGUGGCAGGCCGGGAAGCGUCAGGCCUCCAGAGCCUUCAGCCUUUACGCCAACAUCGACAUCCUGAGGCCGUACUUCGAUGUGGAGCCGGUGCAGGUCCGCAGCAGGCUGAUCGAGUCCAUGAUACCGGUUCCUAUGAUCAACUUCCCUCAGAAGGUAGCUGGUGAGCUGUACGGCCCCUUGAUGCUGGUCUUCACUCUGGUGGCGAUCCUGCUGCACGGCAUGAAGACGUCAGGGACCGUCAUCCGGGAGGGGACUCUGAUGGGCACCGCCAUAGGGACGUGUUUCGGGUACUGGCUCGGUGUUUCCUCCUUCAUCUACUUCCUGUCCUACCUGGUCAACGCUCAGAUCACCAUGUUGCAGACGCUGUCCCUGCUGGGUUACGGCCUGUUUGGACACUGCGUCGUCCUCCUCGUGUCCUAUAACGUCCACUUCCACGUCCUCUUCUACGUCCUGUGGCUGCUGCUGGGAGGAAUGUCCACGCUGCGCAUGGUGGGGGUGUUGCUGUCCAGGACUGUGGGGCGUCCUCCUCGUCUCCUCCUCUGUGGGACGCUGUCCCUCCUCCACAUGCUGUUCCUCCUCUACCUGCACUUUGCUUACCACAGGAUCGUAGAAGGGCUGCUGGACUCUCUGGACUCUCUGGAAGGACCCAACAUGGCUCCCAUGCAGCGGGUGGCCAGAGACCUGCCUGAACUGAAGCUGAACGCUACCAUAGGGGUCCUGGGGGGGGUGGCCCAGUGAAGGGGGGUGGUCCAGUGAGGGGGGGUGGGGGGUUAUUGGUUUCCAUGGAGACGUCUCCUUCUGUACAUUCUAUUGUUGUUAUUUGUUGAUUAUUAAACUUUGACCUCUGACCUGUCUCUUUCUUAUGACGUCAUGGACUUUCAGAAUAAAAUGUUUACCUUAUCUGGUACCUUUAUUUUGAAAGGGUUAAACCGGAA